AUGAAAAGCAUUUUUUUCUCCGUGGUUCUUGUCCUCUCCCUUGUCUACUGCUUUUCUCUUUUGGGCAAUGCAGCCAUCCCAUGUGGGACGGUUGACAUGAAGGCAGCCACCUGUAUCUCAUUUGCCACAGGGAAGGAUGCGAAGCCAUCAGCUGCAUGCUGCAGCGGCCUGCAACAGCUUGUACAGACCGUGAAAUCUGUCGAUGACAGGAAGGUCAUCUGCCGGUGCCUCAAGGCCGGUGUCAAGAACUUUGCCGGAGUUCAGGACAAGUUUUUGAGCCAGAUCCCGAAUGCUUGCAAGAUCAAAGUUGGUUUCCCAGUUUCCAUGAACACAAACUGCGAAACGUAA